UUCAUAACUUCGUAACUCGGGGGUCGGGAGCGAGGGGAGCGAGCCACCAUAUGCCACUGUGAGCUGCCUGCGCCUCUGCGAUAUAAGGCCGGCCGGCCACCGUCCAAGAUCACUGUGGGAAGCUGCGAGUGACCGGGAGCGACAGGGAUGAGCCACGGCGUCGCGGCGAGGAAGCGGUUCGGCGGCGUCGGCUUCGCGCUCGGCUGCGGCUGCAAGGACCCCAAGGCCGUGGCGGUCGCGGUGGCCGCCUCGUCGCCGCGCUCCGGCACGGAGGCGUCCACGGCGACCACGGCCACGUCGCGGAGGGCCAGCAGGACGCACCCGUCGGUGUCCACGUCCACCGGCACGCUCACCGUGCCCUCCGCCUCCUCCUCCUUCCUCUGGGAGGACGCCGACGCCGACGCCGACGCCGACGAGGUCGAGUGCAAGCGGGCGAGCUCCGCGACCACGCCCAGCUUCUCCGGCCUGCUGCGCGAGCUCAGCGAGCUCGAGCGGAGCAUCAAGUCGUGCGCGCGGACCAAGAGCCCCCCAAGAAAACACUUCUCGCCACCGCCGCCGCCCCCGCCGUUGCCGUCGCGGCCCGUGCAGCGUCGAGCUGUGCGCAGCGACGACAAGCCCAGCAUCCAAGAGGGCCACGGGGACUUCUCGCCGCCGCGGCCGCGCCCGCUCCCGCCGCCGUCCGUGCAGGUCCCAACGCAGCAGCAUCGGAGGGUGAAGAGCGUUGACAAAGCCAGCAGGCAAGAAGGCGACGCGCACUUCACGCCACAGCCACCGCGACCGCUGCCCCCGCCGCCGCCGCUGGAGCCGGUCCGGAGCGCCAAGGCCGAGGAGGACAAUAAUAAAUCCAAGAGCAAAGAAGACGAGAAGCGCUCGCCGACACCGCCGCCGGCGCCGAAGCACCGGAAAGCGAUGAGCUGCGACAGCAACGGCAACGGCAACGGCAACGGCUUCGGCGGCGGCGGCGGCAGCGGGAGGCUGGACGGGAGCGUGGCGGUGGUGAAGCAGUCGGAGGACCCGCUGGGCGACUUCCGGCGGUCGAUGGUGAACAUGAUCGUGGAGAACGGGAUCGUGACGGGGGACGAGCUGCGCGAGCUGCUCCGGCGCUUCCUGGCGCUGAACGCGCCGCGGCACCACGACGCCAUCCUCCGGGCCUUCGCGGAGAUCUGGGACGAGGUGUUCGCCCCCGCCACGGAGCCGGCCGCCAGGCCGACGGCGCCCCGGCAGAGGACGCCGCCCCGCCGCCGGCAACCCCUGCCUCCCCCGGUGUGGCGCGUGUAGUGCCGCAUCAAGCACGUACGUGGCCGAUUCCUGCAGUGUAGUACGUAGCUGCUCCUGGUAGAUUGCUUCCAAGAAGAAAUCGUCGGUCUCGGCUGAUAACACGAAUCUACCUGGUGCCCCUUGUUCAUCCAGCACACACUUUUUGGUUUGAAUGUCCACUCACCACUGACACACA